AUGGGCAUGCUCGAAUGCCAGCACCUCAAGCAAGAGGAGGUAGCGAUGGAGCUGGGCAGUGCAAGUGAUGGCCAGAGAAUCAAGCUGAGCCUGCAUGAUGUGAGACAUGGCUGGGUGAGAGAAGAGAUGGAGAUGAGAGACAAGGAUGGGCAGAUACCCGGACAUGGACAGAGUCUCAGGGAGGGUCCUCAGACUCUAGAGGGUGAAGCCGAUGGAAAGCCAUUGGAGGGAGCACCCAGUCUCGGGCAGAGGGGUGAGGUUGGAUUAGAGCAGGGGACACUCGACCUGGAAAAGGAUGCACAGCAGAAACUGAAGAAUAUCUACAGCAAGGUGUCCCUCAACAUGAUUUCCUUCACAGAGAAGUUCCGUCAGUGGGCCCCCAAGACUAACCUCAGCCACACUGCUCUCAUCGGCUAUAUCGUGAAACACCAACCUGAGAAAAUUUGCAAUGCCAUGAUCACUCAUGGCAGUUUGAGAAUUGCCGACCCUGUGACCUGGCCCGAAUAUCUCGACUUGUGCUUAAUGCUUGAGGCCAAAUUCAGGGCUGACAAGGCAGGAACAUACAAUACAGCACAACCAUCAUCAUCAACCCCUCACACAAGGAAGGAUCCCGAUGCAAUGGAAGUCGAUGAGCUGAAGGAACUCAGCAAAGAACAGGAACAGUGGCUAGAGAAGAAACUCUGUCUGAUGCAGCAAGCAUCCUUUCAAAUUCAGACAAUGGUGCCCCAGCCCAAAGUACAAGGGCAAGUUCCAGCUUAA